AUGUCCGAGAUCAGUUUCCUCAGGCGGAAUCUCCGCAUCCUCGUCCUUAACCCAAACUCAUCGACUACCAUGACUGAGGGCAUGGCCAAUGCCAUUCGCCAUACGUCAUUACCAGAAUCGGUUGAGAUUUAUACCUACACUGCUCCUCCUCACUCCGCCCCCGGCAGCAUCGACGAUCAGGAAGGCAUCGACCGCAGCACUCGGGCAGUGUUGGAUGACUCCAAGAUCCAGGAGGAGCUCGGGUCGGACAAGUACGACGCCGUUCUAGUAGCGUGCUUCAGCGUCCACUGUCUGGUCCCCAAGCUGACUAGGUACCGCCAUCUUGCUGUCACCGGUAUCUUUGAAGCAAGUAUCCUCACAUCUCUUUCUCUCAUGGCUGCGCCGGAGAAUGGUGCUAAAUGGGGAAUUGUCACGACUGGAAAGUUUUGGGAGGAUCACCUGUCUGAUGGUGUCAAGAAGUUCCUCGGUCAAGAAAAGGACGGAGUCAACAGCAAGUUCGCUGGCGUCUUCUCAUCGGGCCUCACAGCUGGUGACUUUCACACCGUUCCACCGGAGAAGGUCAGAGAAAAGCUCAAAGAAGCAACUCAAAAGCUUCUCAAUCAGGGUCAGGUCAACUGUGUGGUCAUGGGCUGCGGUGGUAUGGCUGGUCUGGAGGGCAUCAUCCGCUCGACUGCGAUCGAGCAAUACGGUAAGGCUGAUGGCGACCUUGUCUACAUCGUUGAUGGAGUCAAGGCUGGCGUCAUGCAGUUGGAGCAAAUGGUCCGAAGCAAGCGAGCCUUUAGGUAA